ACAUUCAUAAAAUAUACAUGCAUGUUUACCCCAUAAAAGAGAAGAACAAAAGGAGAGUAUAAGAAGUGUGCAGGAAUAACAAAUUUAAGCACACCAAAAUGAUGAGGUUUGUGCCAAGAACCUCUAUGUUCUUAGCUUUCUUUUGCUUCAUGCAUCCUCUGGUCUUCUCUAAGCUACAUUCGAGCCAAACCACUGUUAUGAUCUCAAUUUCUCUGCAACUUAAUAGCACACAAUUGCCAUGGGAUGUCGCCAAGGAGCCAAACCCAUGUUUGUGGAAAGGUGUCAGUUGCAGCCCCCCUAACAACAGCUCCAUAAUCUCACUUUCUUUAUAUGGGUUUGGUCUUUCUAGCUCUGACUUUCUGAGUGAGGUGUGCAGGAUUGAUUCUUUGCAGUCUCUGAACCUGUCCAACAACUUUUUGGAAAGUAUCUCAGAUGGGUUCUUCAAUGGUUGUGGAGGGAUUGAUGGGUUGGAGGUGUUGGAUUUUAGCAGGAACAGGUUGGUUGGUUCUUUGCCUGCUUUUCAAAAUUUUGUUGGACUUGAAGUCUUGGAUUUGUCUUUUAAUAAUUUGAGUGGAGAGAUUAAUUCACAGUUGAGUCAGUUGGUUUCACUCAAAAGUUUGAAUCUUAGUGUCAAUGAAUUCAGUGGGUCUGUUCCUACUCAGCUAGGAAAAUCUUUUGUUUUGGAACAACUUCAGCUGUCUAAGAAUUUGUUCCAUGGUGAAAUUCCUGUAGAAUUGCUGACAUAUAAGAAUUUAACCCUCAUUGAUCUUGGUGAUAAUGAUCUUACUGGCUCCAUUCCUGUAGCUAUUGGUAGCCUAUCCAAGCUGCAAUUCUUGUUUUUGUCAUCCAAUAGAUUGAGUGGAAAAAUCCCCAAAUCCAUUUCAAGUAUCAGCACCCUGCAGUGGUUCGCAGCUAAUCAGAACAAUUUUGUUGAAGUUCCUGUUGGGAUUACAAGAUAUAUCAAAAUUUUAGACCUUAGCUAUAAUAAAUUGUCUGGGUUGAUUCGAUCUGACCUUUUGUCACAGCCAAGCUUGCAGCACGUGGAUUUGUCUUAUAAUUUGUUACAUGGAAGACUACCUGAAAUUAUGCCUUCGAGGAGCUUGGUAAGGCUGAGAUUGGGAAGCAAUUCACUCAACAGCUCAAUCCCUACAACACUGGCAACACUUAAGAACUUGGCUUACUUGGAGCUGCAAAACAAUAGCUUAUCUGGGUCCAUACCUCCGGAAUUGGGUGCCUGCCAGAAUUUGUUGCUAUUGAACUUGGCUCAGAAUGACAUAAAUGGGGCACUGCCAGCGGAACUGGGCCAUUUAACCAAGCUUCAAGUUAUGAAGCUUCAGCAAAACAAAUUCUCAGGCGAGGUUCCUGAUUCCCUAGUUAGAUUGUUGUCACUAACGCAGCUCAUACUUUCCAAUAACCAGCUCUCUGGGGUUCUUCCUCAGUUCAGCAAGCAUCUUGUGGUCAACAUAAGUGGAAAUCCACAUCUAAUAAAGAAUGAAACGCGACCACCAAACACUUCUCCGGAAUCGGAGAAGAAGAAAGCAUCGGUGACGUGGACGAUUGUUGUUGGAGUUGAGGCUUUCAUCUGCCUCCUCUUCGGCAUCUUGUGUCUGUUUUUCCAUUUCCUCUUCCCAGAUAAAUCAAAGGGGAACCAGGGAAGAAGCCAUAUCAUAACUUUUUCCAAUUUUUCCUUAAGUAGGGAACAACGAAUUCCAUAGCCGUAAAAUUUAGAAUAGGAAGCCGCCGCUCACAACAUGUAGACGAAAGACCAUUGAUCUUUUGUAUGCUCAAAUAAUUAACAUACUUUUUU